AUGGCAUCAUACUCUGGUUUCUCCAUAGUGCUGUCCUCAGUGUUAAAGUCCAGGAUUGAAAACGUCUUCACCGCCUCAUCCACAACACGUCACUUUGUUGAUUGCAGCAUUGUUGCCUAUGGUAACAUUAAUGGAGACGUGAUGGCGACGCUCCGACUCGUCUUCAGGGUGUCUAAGAUCCAGCAGUAUUCAGAAAACUUUGUUCAGGACUUGCUGAGUGCAGGACUCAGCUCAUCGAUGCACGGGAAACCGCUGGAGGUGCCUGAGUUUGGACAGAUCGACGCUGUCAUCCUGCUGGGAGCCAGUGGGAAGUCGUUUUAUGCUAUUGGAGACAGUAUGAUAGCCAGCUGUCCUGACAACACCUUCACCUGUGACAGCGGAGAAUGUGUCACUAAAGUAAACCCAGAGUGCGACUUCGUCCCAGACUGCGCGGAUGGAUCUGAUGAAGCUCGCUGUGCCUGCGGGACGCGUCCUGCCAUGGGGAGUCGGGUGGUGGGCGGUGAGGACGCGCGGCGAGGGGAGCUGCCGUGGCAGGUCAGCCUGAGGUUCCACGGGCGGCACAUCUGCGGAGCCACCAUCGUCAACGAACGCUGGCUCGUCAGUGCAGCUCACUGCUUUGAGAGGGUCAAUAACCCCAAAGAAUGGACCGCCCUGGUUGGGGCGAUGCUGGUGAGCGGUGAGGAAACAGAGUCCAGAACGACUGACAUCAAGUCCAUAACUGUGUCUCCAGACUACAACCCCAUGACCACGGACAAUGAUGUAACUGUGCUGGAGCUGGAGACGCCUCUGGCGUUCAGCUCUUACGUGCAGCCUGUCUGCAUGCCCUCCCCAUCUCAUGUUUUUGCACCUGGUCAGAGCUGCAUCGUGUCCGGUUGGGGUGCCGUACACCAGUUCAGCUUCACGCUGCCCUCCACGCUGCAGAAAGCUGUGGUCAAAGUCAUCGACUCCAAGAUGUGCAAUAAGUCAUCUGUGUACAGAGGAGCGAUCACUCCAAACAUGAUGUGUGCUGGAUUCCUGCAGGGCAAGGUGGACUCGUGUCAGGGGGACUCUGGAGGACCUCUGGUGUGCGAGGGGGCCCCGGGAAGAUUCUUCCUGGCCGGGAUAGUGAGCUGGGGUGUGGGCUGCGCUCAGGUCAACAGACCUGGGGUUUAUUCCCGUGUUACCAGGCUCCGUAACUGGAUUCUAAGCCAGACUGAUCCCACCUCGGUUCAUGGUUAUGGCCAGCAUGUUCCCACAGUGAUGGAGUUUAAUACCCCUCCAGCACUCGGGACCUCAGCUGAUAACGUGUCGUCUGCAGCAGGGCUACCACUGUCUGCCUUGAAUUGCAGUGGAAACUUUGAGUGCAGCUCCACUUCCUGCAUCAGCAAGGUCAACCCGGAGUGCGACAGAGCCGCAGACUGUCCCAAUGGGGCUGAUGAAAGAAACUGUGAUUGCGGCGUGCGCCCUGCACUGGGCUCCCAUAGGAUCGUGGGUGGAGUCACAGCUCGGAGGGGAGAGUGGCCUUGGAUCGGGAGUCUUCAGUACCAGAGGCUUCACAGAUGCGGUGCCACGCUCAUUCACAAUAGGUGGUUACUGACUGCAGCGCACUGCUUCAAAAGUGACUCUGCUCCCAAUAACUGGGCCGUGAGCCUGGGAUCUGUGCUGCGAUCGGGGGUAGGCGCCCUGGUCGUUCCCAUCCAGAGGGUAAUCAUCCACCCGGCCUUUAAUGGCACCAACAUGGACCAUGAUGUGGCUUUGCUGGAGCUGGCCGUCCCAGCCCCGAUGUCUUACACCAUCCAGUCUGUCUGUCUUCCAUCACCAGUACACCGCUUCUUAAAGAGCGCAGAGUGCUACAUCACAGGGUGGGGAUCCAUGAGAGAGGGAGAGUGGUUUAUCGCUGGAGUAACCAGCUGGGGACACGGAUGCGGCCGAGUCGGUUUCCCGGGAGUUUACACUCGUGUGACGUCUAUCAGGAGCUGGAUAUCCACAUACCUUCCCUUCUGAUGAAGGAAGAACUGUGUCUGCAGAGAACUGAGGUCAUGCUAAACAGCCACACACAAACACUCAGUGUACACAGCCCUGACCUUUGUGACCCUCGGGUCACGGGUGCUGGCGGUAGUGCUGUGCUUUACCUGAACCGAGGAAACAAUCCUGAGCUGUGGCUUAAACAUUCAUUUGGAGUAUUUAUUCGUUAUUUAUUGUCAUGGAUGGUAAACACACUGCACGUGGCUUUGUGUAUGAAUAUGGGAUUCAUUUAUGGGUAAAUGUAAUGGUGUUGUGAUCUUUUACUGCAACGUGGAUUUGUGGGGAAAGUCGACUCUGUACAAAGUCAGUGACGUGGGACUCGGUGUCGUUCUGUUGGUGGAUGUUUUUGAUCAGAAACGAGAGAACACCUGAUUGAUUAAUUUAUUAUUUUUUCUUGGGGAAAAAAAAUCACUGAUUGCAAAUGAUGUUCACAGCUUUUCUGGCUCCUCACACAAACUCAGGAGGUUCCCAAACAUCUAACAAACCGCACACAUGAAGCUGAGAAAGGUGCAGUACCCCGUCAGGGCGAGGGAGACCCCGCUGGAACAAACCCACUACUGUGGAGGGCAGCAGAUAGAGUGACAACCAGAAAACAUGUCAGACAAAACAGUGUUGUUCUCCAGGUGUACUUUGAUAUAGGUCUGUUUGGAGGCUUUAAAUGUCAAAUUCAUGCUGGUGAAAACACCAAAACGCUUCUCCAUUCUUCCUUUUUUUCUUUAAGGCUCCAGGAAAUAUUUAAUCACCCGGCGAAGAAUGUGAAACAGUGUUUAAAGGAGAGUCUGCAGUGACUGGGAGAAGUUUACUGUUAUUGGUAUUACAGGCAGAAGCAUUCGAUGGGCAGGGAGAUGAGUCACAGUAAGUGAGGUGGGCCUAUUGAGCCAAACUGCACCUGGAGUCCUUUUAGCAGCAGAGCAGGCUCCGCCUCCUGCCACAGCAUCAGCAAACACUUAAAACACAUUCACACCUGAGCAGGUAAUUUAGUGUUUCCAAUCAGCACGGCAAGAACCCGCAGACGAUGACUUAUUAUAUUUCUAACGUAAAACACACAAUCGAUUUAACAUUGGUAGUGAACUGUUCCUCAGAGCAAAAUAAAAACUGUCUGCAGAGACACCGUUAUGGCUGCAGUCCACAGGCUGUGCUCUGCCUGUCAGAGGUACUGUGACAGAUGUUGCGCCGCUGCGUGGCAAAGUCGUGCACAGCGCGGGCCCUCCUGCAGAGCACUGCAUCGGCCCUCGCUGUGUGCAGCAGCCUGACGAAGGGAAAGAU